UAUAAACUCCCUUGAUUUGCUUCUCUCUCUCAGAGGCAACUUGAGCAUUUUUUAGCCCAACUGAUGCAUCAACCAUCUCAUGGCAGCUCUCAACCUCACCCUCUCUGACCCUUCAACCUUCAUGCUAACUGGAAUCGAUGGCCUGGAAAUUGUCCACAUCUGGAUUUCCAUCGCUUUCUCUACAUUCUACAUUAUCAGCCUGUUUGGAAAUGUCACAGUUCUGUUUGUUGUCGGCAAAGAGCAGACCCUGCACAAGCCGAUGUACCUGCUCAUCUGCAUGCUGGUGCUCACAGACAUUGGUACAUCUACCUGCAUUGUGCCAAAGGCACUGUGUAUAUUUUGGUUCAAUUUGAAAGGCAUUACUGUGUGCGGCUGCCUCACCCAGAUGUUCUUUCUUCAUGUGGCUACCACUAUGCACUCAGCCAUCCUCGCAACAAUGGCCUUUGAUUGCUACAUUGCCAUAUGUAACCCUCUGAGAUUUGCCAUCAUCCUAACUAAUGUACGAAUAGCUAAGCUAGGGCUAAUGGGUCUGAUAAGAGCUGUUCUCUUCAUUCUACCCCAACCCUUGCUCCUGACCAGGCAGCCAUUCUGUGCCAACCAUAUUAUCCCCCAUACAUACUGUGACCAUAUGGCUGUGGUGAAGAUGUCAUGUGGAAACACCACAUUUGAUGGAAUUUAUGGUUUAGUGGUAGCAUUCAUAGUCAUCGAGUCAGACCUGACACUCAUUGUCCUGUCCUAUGGUCUGACCAUCAGGGCUGUCCUCAGAAUCUCCUCCAAGACAGCCCACCAGAAAGCCCUCAACACCUGCACAGCCCAUAUCUGUGUAAUGCUGAUGUCUUAUACUCCCUUUCUCUUCACCUCUAUGACACACCGGUUUGGUCAGGACAUUGCUCCCCAUGUCCAUAUCAUCUUAGCUAAUCUCAACUCUCUUGUCCCCCCCAUGCUCAACCCUAUCAUUUAUGGGGUCAAAACCAAAGAGCUUCGUGACAAAGUGAGCAAAUACACCAGCAGAAGCUGA